UGGGCACUGUCAGAGAGCUCUACAGUUCUGACUAGGACAGGAGAAUGUGUGGCAUUCUGUGUAUUCUAUUAUGUAGCUGCAUGAGGUCAGAUGGCCGAGCUCCCCUGACACUGCCUGUGUCAUCAGCCGCUUGGACACAUUUCUCUACAGGGAACAGUUUUCUUCAGUACUUGACUCCGGCUCCGAGACUGCUAUAUCUAGCUGUGUAGUCUGUGUGAGAAGGGCAGGGAAGCAACUUACAGGAAGUAAGAGCUGAUUGGUGGAUUCCCUUUGACUGUUACAGCCUGUAUGCCGUUGCCAUGGCUACACUGUACUUCCGCUCUCCUGUAUCCGGCCGUUACCUCCUCACUAGCCCCUGACAGCGCCAAGUUUAAAGGAGAAGCUCCUACAUCUUCAUCAUCGAUUAAUCUUCUAUAUCGGAAUAAUGUCGUGAGGCUUCAUGUUUUUGUACAGAUGUCUUCAGAUGAGGAGAGCGGUAGAAGCCUUGUCAUUCCAAAAGAUUCAGAUCGUGGCAGCUCAGUGUCUUCAGAUUUCCAGGAUGAAUAUGACGAGCUUCUCCGCUAUGCUGUGGUAACUCCUAAGUUUGGGCCUCAUUUCCUCAGGGAGCAUCAACUGACUGCUGAACAAACCACAAGUGACAGGAUCUCAAGUCCUAGGGAAGCUGUGCAAGAGCUAAUCCCAGAGAGACAACUAUCUUCAUUAGAAGACAUUCCCAGAAGUUUAGAUAGAGAAACUCCAAGAAGUUCUCCAACCAACGUUCCUGAACACAAUCUGCCUAAAAAGAAUCCUAGUGAAACUUUGUUCCCAAGGACCUUUGCAUCAGGCAUGGAGGCGUUUUCUCCUGUUCAUUCAGAUGAACUGCUUUUCCAUAGCUCAUCAUCAUCUGCCUCUGCUAGAUCCCAGACAGAACGAAUGCAAGUAGCACAGCUGCCUGUUCCUUCUGAAAACAUGCUGCAGGUUGAAGAGUUACUUGAUCUUUGGAGUGGUAACCUAAAGACACAUGUGUUGGCUGAACUGAGCAAAUGGAGACUAACAAUAAUCGAGAAGCACCGGCUGGAAAUGAAAGAACAGAAUAAAAAGCACACAGAACAUAUUACUCACCUGAGCAACCAGAUAGACAGCCUGCAAGCUCUUAUACAAACAUAUGAAACUUCUAUACAACGAAAAGAUGAGGUGAUUUCAAACCUGACCCGUGCCCUGGAGAAGCAGAAGGAAAAGACUGAACUAAUGCGAACAUUUUCCCACUGGCGACUUCAGCAGAUGGAAGCCAGACAAGAGGAUUAUGUAUGCAACAUGGCUGACAAACAUUACAAGAGAAUGUUACUGAAGCAUAUGUGGAGAACAUGGCGCUCAGUUAUAGAAUCCAGCUGGAAGGACAAAGUGGAACAAGCAUGCCGAGCCAGAGCUGAAGAAGUUUGCAUUGAGCUGUCUAGUGACUAUGAAUCAAAGAUUGCUCAGCUUUGUGGUGCUCUUGAAGAAGCUAGAGCAGAAGUGUCAAGACUUCAUACUGAGAGGGGACAGUUUGAGGGAUCUAUGAAGAAAGCUUUUAUGCGUGGUGUCUGUGCAUUAAACAUGGAGGCCAUGUCUAUGUUUCAAGGAAGAGACAUUCGAACAGAACAUGCAGACCAUCCACCUAGGAGGGAAGACCCUGGCUGCAGUCCCUCUGUAACCUUUCAGCAGGUGCCCACCACUUCUGUCCCUAGAAACCCUUCACAGCACGAUCUCCCCUCUUCUGCUGUGACAGCCGAGCAAAAUUUUCGACCACCAUUGGUUCCUUCAAGUGUUUCGGAGUCCAAAGAUGAUAUGAGCACUCCUGUGGUAAUAUCGGCUACUACAUCAGGAUCAAGCGUCUUAUCCACACAGAAACUGCCUGUGACAAGAGUAAUAACAUCAGGUCAACAAAAGGCUGGGAAGACUAUAACAGCCCGUAUUACUGCACGUUCAGAUCUAGCACAGAAGUUUCCCAAGCCUGGAGGAAGUGUCGGGUCUAUGGGAGUUUCGCCACCAAUGAGCUCUGUAGUGGUUGAAAAGCAUCAUCCUAUUACUCAGCAAACUAUUUCUCAGGCAAUAGCUGCCAAAUACCCUCGAACAGCAUUACAGAGUUCCAGCUCCAUCAGUGGCAGAGUUACCGGACAGAGUGCCCGAACAUCUCAAGUCCACUCCGGGGUUCAUUCAAUCAAAGUUGUCGACUGACUUUUAGUUCAAUUUUCUUCAGAUCCAACAAGCACGUCUACAAGAAGAAUGCACAGUCAGGCGGUUGUAAAGUUCUGUAGUGACCCGAGGUCUUGAUUCUGGUUGGAGCACAUCCACCUCUGAAUCGGUUUCACAUGCUAUACAUAUUUUUAAACCAAAUGAAGUCUUGUUUCUUUUGAUUGUAAAAUCGCUUUUUACUUGUUGCUGUCGGGUGCAGUUACCAAAAUGCCUUAUGUGUGUGUGGGUUGUAUAGUAAUAAGUGUAAUUUAUUCAGGUCUGUUUCUUUUCUAUGUUGUAGAAUAAUAGUUCUUAUCUGCAGUUGUUAUCUAUUGUUCCAUCAUAGGAAUAGGAAAUAAACGUUUCCAUGCUGGAUCUGGUGCAUUAUAGCCAGCAAUGGCACCCAACAGACCCAAUUGACUUUUAAUGGGGUCUGUCUGGGUUCCGUCAUGGUGCCUGGCAUUUUAUUGUAUGAUGUGUUUUUUUUCCAGAAAACUUGAUUUCAUUUUUAGCAAAGGCCACUAAAACUAAUAGACCUUCCAACACAGAUGUGAACUAAACUAUCGUUUGACCUUAAAAGUUUUUGCAUAAAUUAUAAUUGUGACUGGAUUUUAUCUACAGCUGCUGAAUUUUAUAAUGUUUUACUAUUUUUGUAAUAAAGGACAUUUUCAUUUAUACAAUUUUUGAC